UGUUUGUUUUAUUUGUGUAAUUUUCAAAAUCAAACGUAAUCAGUAUAAAAUAGCCCUAUAAAACAAUUUGAACCGUAAACUUUUAUGUAAUAAUUGUCGCAAUUAGAAUCAAGCAAUUGGUGUUCUAAUUGUACUUGAAUUUAAUAUCGUCACGGUCACCUGAACAUGUUGGAGCAAUAACACUAGAUUUAUGAAUGAUAAAUCAGGCAAAUUAUAUUGUGUAACCUCGUAUGGAACCAGAGCACCUUUGCACCCUGCACGCGCGCGUCGUCCGCAAGUCUGACGCGCCCAAACCACAGCAGGUGCAGGAGUCCGACAAAUGGCGGCGGCAGUGCGGCUGCAUCCGCACCAGUGAGAAGCUGAAGAAGAUCCUCAAGUCCUUCCCAGCGGCGCCACCGCCCUCGCCUUCAGUUGAAAAUAUUUCUAAGAGAUGCAUUAACAGUUUCGGACUUGGGGGCAAAAAAAGGUUUGAGACCACCUGCAUAUCGGCAUAUUGCUCAGAAUCAUCGAAGAACCAACCACUGCUUCCUGCGCCUACGCAGGGCACGCAGGAGUCAAACCAGUCAAAACUACCCGAAGUUGGAUCAUACGCCGAGUCUAAACUGGGAAACAAGUCGUGGCAGAUUGUAGCAGACCUGGUGCACCUGGUCCAGCUGACGGUGACGGCCACGGCGCUGGCCCUCUACUACGUCAUAUACUGCUACAUGCAGCUCAUCUACUACACGUUGAGGAGUGCGCUGUAUUUCCACAACGCUGAUGGUCCCAUGAAGAUAACGAUAGGUGUGGUGACCAUUACGUCAUUGAUAAUAGGGUUUAACCUUCUAAUUCGGAUGGAAAAAUUAAUCGGCAUUUAUCUAUUUUGAAGAUUGUAAAAUAUUGUGGUGAAUCUAAAUGUAAAAAAUGCGAGACGCCUUUAAAAAUGUGUUAAUGUAAUUAAUUAAAGUUAAGGCAAUUAUCGCGCAAAAAGUAUUAUGGUUGUAAGAGUCACUGAAUCUGUCAAGAAGGAAUUGGUGAUUAG